CCCGCUUCCGAAGGCAACGGCUGCGAAGUCCUUGAGGGCCUUUUCGAGAAGAGAGAACGAAGAUCAGGGUGGAGGAGAUGGAAGCGGUGGGUGGAAGGGUGCGAAGAAUUUGCUUCGGAAUCGGAAGAUGCGCAGGAAAGCCACAACAACCCUCACAUGGGGACUGCGUCUGUGCGGUGCCAACAAAAUCGGGGCCCUCAUGAAACAUCCAACCUCGUUUUGACGCGCCAGAGCAGGCCUGCGGGCAUUCUGAGCACCUGGCUGACCUCCAGCUUAGGGGCGCCUUCCAGCGCCGUGGAGAACGCUUCGGGCAGCCCUGAAUGCUGCUGCACAUGCCUCCCUACAAAAUCAUUGACAUCGGCACGAAUUGUUGCAGGGAAAACACUCGCCAUCGAGCCGACGCUCCUAUGGCGGCAAAAAGGCGAACUGCACGACAAGCCUGUUCCUGCUCCCCCCCCCGACGGCCUGGCCCCUGGCAGGGGCACGCGCCGAGGCGUCAGACCCGAGGGGCUCACGGAUGGGGGAAUAUCGAGCUGCAAUCGGCCUACAUGAUGUGCACAUGUACUCAACGAAGUGCUGACAUCUGCGUGCAUCAUAAGACACUCCUCCGCUGGAAAAUUGCCUACGCCCAGAGCGACUGGCAAGCCUGCAGAUACUACGUUGUAGCGGCUGUCUGCGCUACAGCAGUAUACACGUUUGGUAGCUGGUGUCAUAAAGGGUACCUGCAGGAAACUAUAUCGCGUCAGAACAAGUCGGCUACACCUGACCGACCAGUCACAACUAGAGCAGAGCUCGGUCACACCUGUUCGGAGGGACGAAAUCGUCAAGGACGAGUCAGAGCAGGAGGAUCCUUGGCGGCGGGCAUAAGGCGAGGUCGGCGAGGGGGGCCCGCGCGCCGCGGCGGGGGCGAGUGGCCCCGCGGCGGAGCCGGAGCGCCAGCGGGCCCGUGGCCCGGCGGCUCCGAGGCGCGCAGCCCUGCUCUGGUGGGGGCCUGGAAGACUUGCAGGCAACUGCCCACUCAGCACCGCGGGGCACCUUUGGACGCCCGGAAUGGGCAUGGCCAGCAGUGGGCACGAUGCUCAAUAGAAAAUGUCGUCCAGCACCGCCAACAGACGCAGAGCCGCUGCCUGCCCAGCCUCAGGUCUGGGCACGGCACGACGAGCAGCACGUCGGCCUCCGCCGCCCGCCACGGGGCUUCGGCCAGACCGCCGGAGGCCGCCAGAGAGGCCGCCACGGCCGCCGCUCGUGGGGCAAUGUUAGGGGGAGCAGGGGGAAACGUCGACGGCACACGAGCCUCCCACGAGUCGCUGCCGAAGGACACGGUCACGCGCGGGGCCUCCGCGCAGCGCUGCCCCCUUCACCCACGGGGGCCGCGGCCGCGGCGCCCAGGGCCCGAGGCCGCAGCCCGGGGACGCCGGCCGGCUGCUGCCGCCGCCGCCGUGGACGCGGGCUCU